CCUAGGCAUUGCUGGUGACCCCUGAUACCAUUCCAUACAGCCUGACAUUUGACCACCAACUGAAACCCAACCUCUGACCUCAGGUCCUGGCCCCUCCCCCAUCCUGCAGCAGUGACCUCACAAAGGCCACCAGCUUCUCCUCAAGCCUUGAGACUCUCUGAGAUGGCCCUGGUGAGCGCUGCUGUUGUAUCUGCCCUCCUGUCCCUGCUGGUCUUCAGGGCAUCCUCGCCCUGGGCCUGUCUCCUCUGCUUCACCACCUACAGUGAACGUGUCCGAAUCUGCCAGAUGUUUGCGGGGAUGGAGGGCCCCGAGUUCAACCAGUGUGAGGAGGCCUUCACGGCUGCCUUUGAGGGUCUCUCAGACAUGGAAAUCAACUAUGAGGAGAGAAACAACCUGCACGACACCUUCACACAGAUGAUGCACUCCCUCCAGGAGGUGGCUGCUGCCCAGGGGUCCUUUAAGGUUGCAUUCCCUAAUGCCGCGGAAAAAAUGAAGAAGGUCAUUCUGCAGCUUAAAGAAGUUCAGACCUGCAUCCCUCCUUGCGGAGUCCAGGAGAUCGCCAGACGUUUCCUUUGCCGUAGGUGCUACUCCACCCUCUGCGACCUCCCUCUGGAUUGUCCUGUUCAGGACAUCAUGGUGAAUCGGGGGGACCAGGCCAUGUUUUCUUGCGUCGUGAACUUCCAGCUGCCAAAGGAGGAGAUCACCUAUUCCUGGAAGUUCGCUGGAGGAGGUGUCCGGACUCAGGAUGUGUCCUUCUUCCGAGAUUUGCCGCAGGCCCGAGGGUAUGUGGCGCGGAUCCGCCCGGUGCAGCCCAAGCACCGGGGGACCUUCUCCUGCGUGAUCAAGCACGACCAGCGCCCCCUGGCGCGGCUCUACUUCUUUCUUAAUGUGACGGGCCCGCCCCCGCGCCGUGAGACGGAGCUGCAGAUCACCUUCCGGGAAGUGGUGCGCUGGUCGCCGCGCGACACGGAAAUGAUGGAGCCCUGGAGGCCCAGCCUGGGGGAGCUGAUCGCCAGCCCCGGGGCUCUGACGCCCGGCAACCUGUGUCUGCUUGCAGCCAUCGCUGCCUUCGCAUCAGUGGGUGCCACUGUACUGGUGUGGUGA